AUGGUCGAAAAAAUGGAAAACAACAACCAUGGCUGCAACAUGCAUGGUGACAAUUUCGAUCUCUUAAUGAAAAAAAUAUGCAGCGAAUUAAAGAAAGGAGAUAAAAACAAGAACGGACUAAUUAUGUAUAAUACCUUUAUUGAUGUCUUGGAUUUGUUUCAAAUUGAGUAUGGCAGUUCCAUUAUAGAUUAUUUGAUGAAACAUUGUGUUGUAACUGAAGACGGUUUUGUGAACUAUAAGAACUUAUGGCUCAUUCAUGACCCUUCCAAAACGAUGAGAAAUAAUUCUGAAUCCGUAGAAGAAUCCAUUAAUCCUAAAUUUAUUGACAUUCAGGAUAGAUAUGAAGACAUUGAUAAAUAUACCCAAGAAAAAAACGAAAUUAUAAGAAAAUUAUACUCCCAGUGGGAUAAAUGCUUAUUAAGAGAUGACGAAUUCAAGGCCAAGCUAAUUAACGGGAAUAUUGAUAUUACUCCGGAAUUUGAAAGAUCAUUAAGUUUUGCAAAUGUAAUGAAAACGUUAUACAUUAAUGAUAGUAAAAAUCGAAAAAACAGAAACAAUUUUGUAAGUAAAAUAAAGGACGAGAAAUGGAGAAAGUUAAAUAUUGAUGAAAAUGAACAACACUGUUUUCAAGACGUGCAUAGAAACCCAAUAGCAUGGGAAGGAUCAAAUGUAACAGAUGCUGACAAUGUAAUUCAGAAUGUUGAACUUAUUUCAAAUCAUUUAAGGGGAAGGGAAAACUUUAACAUGAAGAAAGAAGAAUUCAUAUCACACGAUUUUUUUAAUAAUACAGUGAAAAAUUUAAUAAAAAGUUAUAUUAGUAACAAAAUUUCAGAAAAGGAAUUUUACUUAUGCUUAAAUAAAUUAAAUAUAUCAAUAACCCCCCAAUUAACUAACUUAAUUAAAUACCAUGAAUUAGACAGCAAUGGAAAAUUUAAAGAUUUCGCCACAACAAUAAAUAGAUGCAUUCCAAAAAACAUAUUACAUAGUUUGCAAAGAAGUGUACAGUUAUAUGGGGCUCAAAAAAAUGACAAAGAUUCAAACUUAAAUUUUUCUUAUAAUAAUUGCUAUUGUGAGCGGUUAUGCCCUGACGCUACUGACGACAAUCCGUAUUCUAAUAACAAUAUUGACAAACAUUAG